AUGCUUAAAUUUAAUUUAUUAGCUAGAAAAUCAGUAAUUGCUGUUAGAACAUUAAAAGUUCCACCACCUGCUCUUACUUUUACACCUAAAUAUAAUAAGCUUUUUAUUAAUAAUCAAUUCGUUGAUUCAUGUAAUGGAAGAACUUUUGAAACUAUAAAUCCUGGUAAUAAUAAAGUUAUUACUUCGGUAUCGGAAGGAGAUCAUAUAGAUAUAGAUAUUGCUGUUAAUUCAGCAAGAAAAGCUUUUGAACUUGGUUCAGAAUGGAGAAGAAUGGAUGCGUCAUAUCGUGGAAUUUUACUUAAUAAAUUAGCUGAUCUUGUAGAAAGAGAUCGUAUCAUUCUUGCUACACUUGAAUCAUUAGAUAAUGGUAAACCAUAUCCAAUAGCGUAUAUUGCUGAUCUUGGAUUAUCAAUUAAAUGUCUUCGUUAUUAUGCUGGAUGGGCAGAUAAGAAUCAUGGAAAGACAAUACCAAUAGAUGGAGAUUAUUUUAGUUAUACAAGACAUGAACCAAUUGGAGUUUGUGGCCAAAUUUCAGCAUGGAAUUUUCCAUUACUCUUAUUAACAUGGAAAUUUGGACCAGCUCUUGCUAUGGGUAACACGAUGGUAUUUAAAGCUGCAGAACAAACUCCACUUUCUGCUCUUCAUUUUGCCGCUUUGACAAAAGAAGCUGGUUUUCCUGAUGGAGUUAUUAAUAUUAUUACGGGUUAUGGACCAACUGCUGGUAGUGCUCUUGCAAAACAUCCAAAUGUAGAUAAAAUAGCUUUUACAGGAAGUACUCAAAUUGGAAAAAUAAUUAUGAAUGAUGCAGCUAAUAGUAACUUAAAAAAAGUUACACUUGAAUUAGGUGGUAAAAGUCCUAAUAUAAUUUUUGAUGAUGUUAAUGUUGAUGAAGCGGUUAAACAAGCUGUUCAUGGAGUUAUGUUUAAUAUGGGGCAAUGUUGUUGUGCUGGAACUAGAACUUUUGUUCAAGCUUCUAUAUAUGAUGAAUUUAUUGAAAAAGCUAAAAAUACUGUUGAAAAGUUAAAGAUUGGUUCAGCAUUUGAAGAAGGAGUUGAGCAUGGACCACAAAUUGACAAGAAACAAGUUGAAACUAUUCUUAAGUAUAUUGAAUUAGGGAAAACUGAGGGGGCAAGACUUGUAACCGGAGGAUCAUCUUUAAAUCGUGAAGGAUGCUUUGUAGAGCCAACAAUAUUUGCUGAUGUUACUAAUGAUAUGACAAUUGCUCAAGAAGAAAUUUUUGGUCCAGUUUUUAGUAUCUUCAAGUUUGAAGAUGAAAAUGAUUUAGUUACAAAAGCUAACGAUACAAUUUAUGGUCUCGCAGCAGGAGUUAUGACAAAUAAUGUUAACAGAGCACUUCAUGUAGCAAACAAUAUUCGUGCUGGAACUGUAUGGGUAAAUUGUUAUGAUGUAUUUGAUGCUGCAGCACCAUUUGGUGGAUAUAAAAUGUCAGGAAUAGGAAGGGAGCUAGGAGAAUACGGACUUCAGGCAUAUUCGGAAGUUAAGACAGUAACAAUAAAAGUACCCCAAAAAAAUUCGUAA